GACCACAUAGCCGUUGUUGAAGUUCUUUGGUCCAUCUUCACACACGCUCCUUCUUCACUUCACUUCACUUCACUUCACUCACUGCAACACAAAAAUGGUGAAAUUCUCAGACCUCUCCGACACCGAAGACUCUGCAAUCAACGAAAUCAUCUCCCAAGCACAAGACGCAUGCCUUCUCGACCAACUCGCCGCCAUCAACUGCGCCGGUGUCACCGACUCCGUUCUCCCCUCCGACCUCGAUUCCCGUUUCCGCAAGCUCAAAUCUCUCCCCGCAAACCGCACCACCCCACCAACCUUUAACGCCAAAGCUCGAAGCUUUUCCACCCUCAGUUCAAGAACCCUCAAUAAAACCGUCAUGGGUAGCGACCAAUCUCCCAAUUUUUCUCCUCCAAAAAACGAUCCAGAACCAGAUGAACACACAGAAAAGGUGAAAUCGAAAUCAAAACCGAAACAUGGGUCUGUUUCUGCUUCCCCACCUUCAGGUUCUUCUCAUACCUCUGAAGAAAGCUCAAUUUCUUCGCUGUUUAGGUCGGAAGGGAAGGGUUCGAAGCAGAGGACUCUGUUUUCACCGUCGCCUCCUCGAAUGGCGGGUUGUUUCUGGUGCUCUCCGAAGAAGAAGAAGAAGAAGAAAAGCAAGGAGAAUGUUGUUGGUGGCUGGGAUCAAAGUGAUGAGUUGUUUUCUGAUUUGGGAGGUUUGUCGUUGAGCAAGCAAAGGAAGAAAAUGCUGAAGAUGGCAAUGAAGGAAGAAGAGAAGGUUAGCCGUGAGGCUGAGAAGAUUGUUGAGUGGGCUAAGUCUGUAUCUGCCAGGAUGAAUAUUUCAGAUAUUGAGGAUGAGCUCAGUGAUGAUUAGGGUACAAUGCUCUUCAUUUAGAUAUAUUCUAGGUCCAAAUUGCUUUAUUAGGUUUUGUUAUAAUGUACUGCAAAAUUGCAUUCUGUUCUUACUUCUUAUAAUGUUCUAUACAAAUGUCUAAUAGAGUUUGGUGAUUGUCUAUAUUUUGUUAUACAAAUGGUGAUAUUUGGCGAAUUUGUUUCGA